ACUUUGCGACCGUGCACGAGAUCUCUUCAGACAUUUCAAACCAGAGCUUAUCAGAGAACGAGAGCCACACCUAUCCUGAGAUCACGAGCCCAACCUUUGUGACCAUGAGCCUGAGCUCUUCUGAGUCAUCAAACCACAACUUUGCGACCGUGCACGAGAUUUAUUCAGACACUUCAAACCAGAGCUUAUCAGAGAACGAGAGCCACACCUAUGCUGAGACCAUGAACCAGACCUUUGUGACCGUGAGCCUGAGCUCUUCUGAGUCAUCAAACCACAACUUUUCGACUGUUUACCAGAUCUCUUCAGACACUUCAAACCACAGCCUGUCAGAGAACGAGAGCCACACCUAUCCUGAGACCAUGAACCAGACUCUUGCGACCGUGAGCCGGAGCUCUUCUGAGACGAUAAAGCAAGAAGAAAACCUCGGUUUGCCAUGCUCUAAAGAUAACCCGAACUGGGUUUCAACAUUUUGUAACCUUGAAGACAUGAGCCAAACAAUGCUGCAGGCUUUGGACGCCGCUAUGAUUGUACUGAGUACCGAUGGAGUGAUCUAUUUCGUGACUGAAAACAUCACAACUCUCCUUGGCUAUUUAUCAUACGAGGUCAUGGGCAGAAAAUUAUUGGGCUUUCUGCCCGAUGAAGAGAAAAACGAAGUCUACCAGAAGAUUAGCAUGAAAACUCCUGUAUCUGACUCAGUGGGAGCCCACAUUGAUUUUUGCUGUCAUUUAAAAAGAGGAAAUACUAAACCGGGAGUUUCUCCUACUUAUGAGCUUGUGAAAUUCAUCCUGACGCUCCGAGAUAUUUGCAGCAAGUCUUUCGUAUUUUUUGGUGGCUUUGCUCCCAACUGCUUCUGCUUUGAGUCUGCUGCCACGAAAUUCCCGGCGGAAGAUCGCUUUCUUCUUGUGGGAUCUGUUUGUGUCAUCAAUACUGUGAUCCUAAAGGAACUCUGCAGUGCAAACCAAUUACAUGAGAAUUCGAUUAACCACGAGUCAGAUGAGGAAGAUUCUUUGGGCAUCCACAGAUACCUGCAAGGAAAAAUCUCUGGCAUAAAUCCUGCUGCUGCCGCUUUCUUUGAUGAUCAAGUUGCCCAAGAAAAAGAUGAGCCAGAAGAAUUUCGCCCAGGUGACUUCGAUGACUGCAGUUCAUCUGUCACCAGCAUAUCAUCCUCGGAAGUCAUACCAGAGUCAUUAACUACAACAUUUCAUGCCUUUGCACUUGAAAGCAUGAUGGAUCCGAAGAGAUGCCAGGAUCCAGUUGACAUAGAGUUCCCAGUGGAUUGCAGCUCCCUAGAGGAAUACCAGGAUUCGAUGAAAUGGGAGAUUCCCACAGUGCCGGAGGUCCUGAUGACAACAGUGAAACAGGACAUCCUGGAAGAUCCAGAGACGCAGGAGGUCCUGAUCAAGCCAGUGGUUCAGGAGGACCUCCCCUCUUCUCGUAUAGUUACAAGCCACAGUGCUCAGGUGCAGCAGACCGCAUCACGCCACAUCAUCAACAGUCCCGACUCCUGGGUUGUGGAGGAAACACCCAGGAAACAAUCCCACAAGAAAGUGAAAUGCUUCCCCUCAGAUGGCAGGGAGUCCAAACGCUUCUGCACUCACCCUCAACUUGGUGCAUUCACUCAGGGGCUUGAGAACUCUUCGAACACCUCCACCCAGUACCUGCAGGAGCUGAGGCUGCAGAUGCAGCAGAAGGAGGAGCUGCAGAUGCAGCAGAUGGAGAAUCCAAAGAUGCAGCAGAAGAAAAAGCCAAAGAACAAGCAAUGGGAGGAGCUGCAAAUGCAGCUGAAAGAAGAGCCACAGAUGCAGCAGAAGGAAGAGCCGCAGAUGCAGCCCCAGAUACUGCAGAAGCAGCUGCCUGACAACCAGAAGAGACGGAAGAAGCAACUGAAAAAACAGGGCGAGUUCCGUGGCUCAACUCUUCACAUGAGACCUGAACGAUUCUUUGGCGGCAAUGAAGAUAAAGACUCUGAGAACCGGGGAAGUGAGAGUCCCAGCAUUUGUCUUGUGGAGCAACAGGGGGCCGCUUUGGCACAUAGCUCUAAGUCAGUUUCCAUUCACCGCUUAUUGCAAUCGCCUGACCGUCCUCUGCCCGACUUCAACACAGAGGACAUCAUACAAGUGUGGCUUGAGCCACCAGAAUCACAGGGGGACUUCGUAGAGUUCGACAGUUGGAAUGCCAGUGAUAGCAGCUCCUCUCAGGAGCAGGACUCCCAGAAGCAGGUGGAAGCACAAGAGGCCCAGGCCUCUGCUACAGUUGGGCCUGAAAGGAGACGCUUCAUUCCUGUGGGGGAGUAUAACUGGGAUUAUCUGCUGCGCCAGCAGAACCAUCGCCCCCAGCCAUGAGAGGAAGAUGGGGGAAGAGGCAGAUCUGCGGAUUUGCCUGGGCAGGGGACCCCACAAGAGCCACGGAGUCCCCUGGGGUAGGGGUGGGGGGAGCGAACAUUUCCUUUUCCCCUGGGAAGUUGUACUUGUUUGUUAAGCAUAGCCUGUUUAUUGGAAAUUACGCUGCAGAAGCAACCUUUAAUGCCUAAUCUGCUAACUGCUGCCCCUUGCCUGCCAUGCCCAGCUUUACCUACAGACUUUCCACCAUGGGCAGGCUGGCUGAAGCGUUUUCAAAUUGAAAUGCCAUUUUUAUGCCAAAAAUCGCUGGAGUAGCUGGCAUUCUAGUAAGAAGCUGCUCAGCGUUAGCAGUAGGAAAGCCCAGCGGGAAUAGGACUCUAGCCGUGCCAACUUAGAAUCUCAACAAAGGUACUUGGGAGCUGAGAUCAUUCUAGUUUCAUUGCUUAAUAAACAUUUUCAU